AUGGAUCUUUCAGAAGAGGAAACAACCUUGAAAAGAAAACGUGAUGAUUCAGACUUGGAUUCAGAAUCAGAAUCAGAUUCAGACUCAAAUUCAAGUUCAGAUACAGAUUCAGACUCAAAGUCCGAGUCUGAGUCCAAAUCCGAAGCCAACUCUGAUGAAGAGGCCAAAGCUGUGUUAGAUGAGGAAAUGGAAAAAACACACAGCUCUAUUAUCUCACGAUUUAAGAAUGCAAUGGAAAAGCAGCCGAACCCAGACACAAAGGAAACAGAAAAGGAAACGGAAACUGAACCAAUUGAAUUGAAAGAUGUUGCACCUUUACCUCAAUUCAAGUUACCCAGAGACAAGCAACUAUACUCCCAAAGUUAUAAGAACAAGACUUUGGAUUGGUUGACGAAACCUGCUUACUAUGAUUCAAGCUUGACCAAACCUUUUCAAGAUUUCCAGCCCAGCAUCCACUCCAUAAUCAUGAAGAACUUGAAAAAAGAAUUUGAUGCGGAGAAUGCAUUUUCUGUUCAGGUCACAUUGAUCCAAGAGCUACUCAAAGAUAUCAUACGAGGCAAAUUAGAUCCUAAACCUAGAGGUGAUUAUCUCAUAAAUGCGGCAACCGGUUCGGGAAAAACACUAUCUUAUCUAGUACCUAUUGUACAGUAUAUUAUUGGUUCAAGCAGUGAAAUCAGAAUCAAAGAUUCUGGCAUCCAAAGUAUUAUAAUAGUCCCAACAAAGCCGUUGGUGCAUCAGGUAUAUGCCGAUGCGUUGAAGUUGACCAAAGGAACAGACGUUAACGUGAUGGCACUCAAAAGUGGUGGUGAUAUAAGUAUCAGUGAUGAAAGAAAAAAAAUCGAGUCGAAACUAGUUGACAUUUUGAUCACAACCCCAGGUAGAAUCGUUGAACAUUUGGACAUUUUGGAUAUGAAAGCUUUGAGAUUUCUAGUUGUGGAUGAAGCUGAUCGUUUGUUGAACCAAAAUUUCCAGGAUUGGUGUGACCUAGUAAUGGAUAAGAUUGAAACCACAUACAAUGCAGGCAACGAAGGAUUAGACCUAAAGUUCAAACUGAGAUGUAUCAAAUUAGUACUUAGUGCAACCUUAACCACCAACAGUGAAAAACUCACUCAUUUGAGACUAUUUAGGCCCAGAUUAGUUAUUGUGAAUAGUGAGAAUACCAGCGAGUUGUACCAGUUACCUAAAACUUUGAAUGAGAAAUACUUGAGAAUACCUGAAAAACUAUCUUAUUUCAAACCUUUGAUUUUGCUAAGGUUUGUCCAAUGGACUGACAAGAAUGGCAUCCGCUACAAUAAUUCUGGAUUGAUUUUCACUAAGAGUAACGAGUCUUCGAUAAGGUUGAACAAGCUGUUGAAUAUAAUGGCGAAUAAAUUUGGGAUGAGCAAUCAACUAAGCAUUGGCAGCAUCAAUUCUAUGAUGGAUAACCAAGAGAGAACCAAGACAUUGAAAAAUUUUGACAUCAAUGGCGGGAUUCUAAUAUGUACAGACUUGCUGAGUAGAGGUAUUAACCUAAAUUCCAUCAGGUUUGUUAUCAAUUACGAUUUACCGGGAUCAACAAAGGAGUACAUACAUAGAAUCGGUAGAACUGCGAGAGCUGGAAACACGGGUAGUGCUGUGACUCUCUGUUAUGGAGAUGGGGAGUUCAAAUGGUUCAAGAAAGUAGUCUAUUCUGGACAGCAGAUCAACAGAAAUGGUAAGAACAUCGUUGACAUCAGAUUCGUGAAGGAUCGAGAAGAGGCAGAACAAGAUGCCGAUGAGAGGGCUGAAGAUAAGACUGACCUCUUCGAGUUGAACUUGGCGGACGGGGAGAAACAAAUCUACGAGGAGUGUCUCAAGAGUUUAUGA